AUGUUUUUGAUACCAUUAUGGUUCCUAAAUAUAAAUGACUAUGAUGGCGAAGAAGAGGAAAGAGAGAAAGAAGAGGAGGAACGAGAAAAAGAGGAGAAACAAGAGGAAGAAGAGGAAAGAGAGAAAGAAGAGGAGAGAGAGGAGGAAGAGGAGGGAGAGGAAGAAGAGGAGAGAGAGGAGGAAGAGGAG